GAAUCAUUUAAUUAUCGGGGACCAGAGACGAGACUACACUUUCAAUAUUUUCUCAAAGAAUUUAAUUUUUCCGAAAUUAAUCUCGACGAACGAGUCGAAGGACGUCUAACGUUUAAUUGUUUCGACUUUGAACGAAUCAGGUUUUCCUUUCAGACAACAUUCACUUCGCGAGGGAAUUAUCAAUUAUUUGAUUUUAUGGAGGAAAUACAGAAGAAUUAAUCUUACUUCAUCCUCAGUUUUUAUUUAAAAUUUUAUCAUGAUUGGUGUUACUCGUUCGAAAUUUUGAUUCUAUAAGGAGAUUUCCAAAAGUGCAAAGGAGUCUAAGCGGUAUGCUUCACUUCAUGAAAUUCAAACAACGGAAGUACGUCUAACAUGAAUUUUUCUUGCAGCUAUUUCUAACUGAAAGGUAUCGAUAAUUUUAUUUAGGCUUACUUAAAAAAUCGAUAGACUAUUUUUUACACUACUGUAUAUCACCAAAUGGACCGGAAAAUUUGCAUAAUAUAGUUCGCGAAGAUUCGUGUAACGACCAAAUAAAUUCGAACUAAUUGACGACGUCUCCUAAUUUAAGCCUCGAAAUUAAUUCCUACUAUCACGCAAAAGGUCACGUAGGUAGGAGGUCGCUCGGGAUGAGCCUGACUAUGAGAAACAUAGCGAUUAGCAUCCUCGUGGUGGCUUCUUCGGCAUUUUUCGCGUAUAGUUUCCCCGAUGGAGCACCGGUGGACACUUGCGUGAAACCAGGUCGUGCUAACGAGCCGAAUCACGGUCAAGCAAGGUCACAGCCCCCAGAAAAGAGCCCCUAUAAGUUCACGGCUUCGUCGUCUCACUAUGGUCCUGGAUCCCAGAUAACUGUGACAAUCAGCGGCUCGAGGUUCAAGGGAUUCUUCCUUCAGGCACGUGAUCCCGAUACGGAUAGUUGGAUCGGUUCCUGGGCCCAAACGGAGAACACGACUACCCAUCCUGAAUGCAGUGCGGUGACGCACGCUGAUCCAAAUUCGAAACUGUUCGCGACACUUAUUUGGAAUGCACCACCGAACUCACGCGGCCGCGUCUAUUUUACUGGCACCAUCCUGAAGGAGUACGCGACUUACUGGUCGGGAUUAGUGGCCGAUGUUCAUCAGCGAUAGUUUCGUAAGCAUCGCAGCGAUAUUUGCUAGCGAACGGAACUUUGGAGUAACGUUAACAACCGCACCUUCGCGUUUAAGAUUUUAAUUCCAAGGACAUUGCGAUUCCACGCAACGAAGCCGUGACGGGAACAGUGAAAGGUACCGACGAAGCGUAAACAUGCUGUACAUUCCAUUCAAUCGUUCAUUCUUUUAUAACGCUGUACGAUUUUAAAUACAUAAAACGUG